AACAAACCAGAAAAAUUUAGAAGGGAAAAAAAGUUACUCCCAAGGAACCCCCUUGAACUCGCCCAGAAGAAAACCCAAGUGAAAAUCGUCGACCAUUGAUCAUCAUCAUCUCUCUCUCUCUCUCUCUCUCUGGUUAGGAAGUCUGCGGUAUUUCGACUUAGAAACUUGGGGUUUCAUUCUCAAUCAGAAGUAGAUAGAUGGCGGCUAUCAAGGCACCCAUUUCGACGAGAUUAAUAAGCAUGGGUUCCGCUCCCUCUGCUUCAUGUAACAGGCCUGUUUUCGUUAGGGCUUCACGUCUCAAAACUUCUUUCUUUGCCCCUCAAGUGGGAGCUUUAAAAUUUUCAGGGGUACAUCUCUCUCGCUCCCGUAGAUCCAGAUGUAAUGGUCAUGGCGGGGGUUCUUUCCAUGUUCAAAACAACCUUUUUGAUCGAUUUGCUAGAGUCAUCAAGUCAUAUGCAAAUGCAAUUAUAAGCUCUUUUGAAGACCCAGAGAAGAUCUUAGAACAAAGUGUCCUUGAAAUGAAUGAUGAUCUUACAAAGAUGCGUCAAGCUACAGCACAGGUUCUGGCAUCUCAGAAACAGUUGGAAAAUAAAUACAGAACUGCGCAACAGGCUUCUGAAGAUUGGUAUAAAAGAGCACAACUUGCUCUUGGGAAGGGAGAAGAGGAUCUUGCUCGCGAAGCUCUUAAACGGCGAAAAGCUUAUGCUGACAAUGCAAAUGGUUUGAAGGCUCAACUUGAUCAGCAAAAGGCUAUUGUUGAUAAUCUAGUCUCCAAUACACGGCUUCUGGAAAGCAAGAUACAGGAGGCAAGGUCAAAGAAAGAUACCCUAAAAGCACGGGCUCAAUCUGCCAAGACUGCCACCAAAGUGAGCGAAAUGCUAGGAAAUGUGAACACCAGUAGUGCUCUUUCAGCUUUUGAAAAGAUGGAGGAAAAAGUUUUGGCAAUGGAGUCUCAGGCAGAUGCACUUAACCAGCUAACAAGUGACGAUCUUGAAGGAAAGUUUGCGUUGCUGGAGGGAUCUUCCGUUGAUGACGAUCUUGCGGAUUUGAAGAAAGAACUAUCUGGUAGCAAAAAGAAAGGAGAGCUUCCACCUGGGAGAACAGCUGCCCGGAGUACAAGCUCAGCAUUUCCAUUUCAAGAUACUGAGAUUGAGAGAGAACUAAAUGAACUAAGGAGAAAAGCCCAAGACUUCUAAAACUCAGCCAUACCUGGUCUCACGAAUGCCGCCAAAUCUUUUCCAAUUUUACCCCCAAAGGAAAAUGGCUUCCUGCCACCAGGAUUUUCAUGUGUUAACGGGCAAGUGCGAAUUCUAGUAAUGAAAAGGGAGUUCAUGGUGGGGUGACUAUUGAAUGUUGUUUUUAUCUGGAAUCGCAGCUAUGUUCUGAUGUACAUGGAAUCAGUAUACAAAGAAAGAUAUGACUAUUUUUGUCCUUUCAUUUUGGUAA